UCUCGACCCGCCAAACUCCAGACUUCUUUCUCGACCUUAUAUCAUCCCGCAAACUAAUCUGUACAGUGCCUGUUCCCGGACGAGAUCGCAAUACCCCCGGUUACUCCAGCCUCGAUCAGUAUACAACUCCCAUAGUCGCUGGCUUCUCCUCUUCCCAGCCAGACCGACACCUCUCGUCGCCGACCCAUCCCACCAAUCGCCCCUGUGAGCUGAUUCCCCUCGCUCCCUCUUCAGAACGGAAUUGUACGCGCGGCUCGAAGCCACCCCAGAAUGGACGUUUAGGGCAUAUUCAGACUCGACUGUAUGCGCAGAGCAUUCGAUAAGGGAUUUGGCGGAUUCGGAUUCGGUAUAUGAAGCAGCCCCCGAACGGCUAAGUGGCCUCCUGGAGUGUCUGAUCAUGGGAGAUGCCCCUCGUGUGACUCCCCGCCAGAUCUGGGCGAACCCAACAACGACAUCAACGCAUACGUAUGCUUCUGGGUGUACGCCAUUUGUUCUACCUAGUGAUGGUAUCAUACAUGUCAAUAGAUCGUACGCCCUGACUCUGACCGGAAAUGCCGUGUAUGAGCCCGUUUGCACCGGCGAUCCAUCCGAUUAUGUCCAUGUCUCGGCCAUCCUGGACACCCGCGACCCUUUCUACUCCUCCGUCACACCACAACUUUAUGCAAUCGGCUGCGCAACCGUCGUCAGCUAUGUCCUCGUUAUCAUCCUCCUCAUCACCCCGCGCACCUUCUACGUCGGCGGCCCUGGCGGCGGCGCAAACUUCCUCGGGCGUCAUGGCAUGAUCAGCGGGUCCUACAGUGGCAACUCAUCAGUUGUCGGUGUUGGUGGUCGGCCGUGGUUGCAAAAAGUUGCCGCAAUUCUCGUUGCGAUCUCCUUGACCAUCGCAACGGCGGACUCAUUCAAAGUCGCCGAGCGCCAGUAUGACUACGGGUACUCGGAUGCCGAGGCGCUUUCGGAGGAGGUCAUCGAUGGCACGGAGAUUCGCAUAGUUCGCGUUAUAUCAAGCACAUUUCUCUGGUUGGCGCAGGUCCAAACGCUGAUUCGAUUGUUUCCGCGACACAAAGAGAAAGUCAUGAUCAAAUGGGCGGGUUUUGCGCUGAUUGUGCUGGAUACGACGUUUAGUUGUUUGGAGAAUUUUAUGGUACGGAAUACCUCGACACACCCACGACUAUACGACGAUGCGAUCCCCGCGCUGAGCUAUUUGUUUGAAUUGGCUCUCAAUUUAUUGUAUGCGGCUUGGGUAAUUUUCUAUUCGAUUUCGAAACAUCGAUAUGCGUUCUUUCACCCCAAGAUGCGCAAUAUCUGCUUCGUGGCUCUAUUAUCGCUCUGUGCGAUCCUCAUACCCGUUGUAUUCUUCGUGAUGGACAUUGCAAAACCGGAGAUUGCGGGAUGGGGUACCUAUAUCAGAUGGGUAGGCUCGGCUGCGGCGAGUGUGGUUGUGUGGGAAUGGGUGGAGCGUAUAGAAGCGCUCGAACGAGAUGAAACAAAGGAUGGAAUUCUUGGAAGAGAAGUCUUUGAUGGAGACGAAAUGCUCGAGGUCACUCCUUCAGAAGAGGUCGACUGGCCACGCUACUCAACGCAAGGACACGACAAGGGUGGCGGAAACGGCACAUCGUCAGGAUGGGGAGGAAUGAUAGGGCUGGGUGGUCGUCCACUGCGCACGCGAGUCGGUAUUCCUCGUGGGAAUCGGAAGCGUGGCAAUGGAGUGCUUGGUCAAAAUAGCGCAGCCAUGCCUCCUCGACGGAAUCCUCGUCCUACACCCCCACCAGCUGCAGUUACCCCCGUCAGUCGGGCCGAUACGACCAGUGCUGCCAGUACAGUGUACAAUGUUCGAUACCAUCCAGUGACCAGCCCGACACCACCCGUGACAAUGCCACAUAUGGAGGAAGAAGGGGAUGAAAUAGAAGAUCAGAAAGAGAUGGAGCUUGAAGGGACCGAGGAUACCAACGCUGCCCAGCAUGAUCAUUCACCUCACAACACCCGAGAACAAUCACCACAGAUCGUUGCCUCUGACCCACGAUGGCGCGCCCUUCUCAAUAAUCCGUUCAAGAGGCGACGCGGGUCUUUGCCCAAAGAAGUUGCCUCCGCCCAAGCUGGCGAGGAACAAGACGAGGAAGGUCGAAACUCUGAUUCGUUUGAUGAUGACCAUUCGCCACAGCCUGCUCAGCCACGGGGUAACAACAACUUCUUCUCCCUCAACCGAAAGAGGUAUCCAGGUUCGGGAACGCAGAAUGCAGACGCCCCUUUGCCUGUUACCGUCAUCCCAGCUCGUCGUCGGGGCCAGCAACAUACCUGGUCUCCGCAGAAUCCCUUGCUGGAAAUGCCAACGUCUCAUGAGUCCCGACCCGGCCGCGCUGAUUUGCCUGUAAGGAUUAUACCCUCUCAACCCCAGGCCUCUGCUCCCUGGACGGACAGGGAUCUUGAGAACGGUGAUGGAGAUUACACUUUGCGUUAUGAUCCGGACGCCGCUGCAUUGAUCGAUGAAGACGUGAGCCGCGCCCGUGAUGAGCUUCCCGAUAUGGGUGACCAAGCCAGCUGGACAGAAUCGACCGUUUCAGACGAGCGGAACGAUACUCCCUCUGGUCUGGAGGGCUCCCAGCACUACGGUGACCACGACCACGACCGCAACCACGGCCACAACCACGCCCUCCCUCCCUCUUGAUCUUGCAUGAGUGGAUUGUGUCUUUGGCUGGCAUUUGUGCGGUGUUUCUUAGCGAUUUAAUACCUCAUUCAGGACAGGUUGGACAGGCUUGGAGUUACAAUAUACCAGCAUUCUAUUGGGAAGAUUUCAUAUAAUCAACUUGGAAAGGUUUUCGGGUUGUGGACAUUGGCCUUGGGUUUGAUUUCUGGUUGAUAUAGUCACCAUGUUAUAUACCCUGGAAAACAUACAUAAUACUUUUGACACCUUUUGUUUCAGAUCCUUCCCGUGCUCUUCUAUGACUGGACGUUAUUCGGCAGACUCCUCUCGAGUUUUGUCCUUUGAGCUGAGGAACAUACGGGCCAUAAUGGCCAUAAAGAUGGAGAUAACGCCUAGAUGUCACAUCGUAUAGUAUCCGAAACGCUCCGUUAGAGCUCCGGCGAGAAUGGGACCCAGAGUCAUGCCGCUGGUGGCGGCGACCUCGACCAGAGAAAAGACGCGAGAGAGACCUCCGCGAGGCCCAAAGAUUCCUGGAUUCUUUGCCUCCUCAGCUU